UACAUUACUACAGUAAACAAAUGUUUGGUAUAAUAAUAUCCGUAUAAGAGUAUCUAUAGCUCUCUGCGUUAAGUCGCUAUUCGAGGCAUAUAACCUCGAAUAUUUUCUUAUUGUGUACUGUGGAAGUCAUAGUAAUUGCAUAAAUUCGAGUGCUAUGGAAAGCAGAGGUGACACAAUUAGGGUGAAGGAAGAGCCGAGCGUUACCUGGUCUAACGUAGACGACGAUUAUAAUUUAGAUUCGGUGAACUCUUGGGAAGCAAAAAACUUUGACAGAUUCUCGUUUUCUGAAUUAUCAGAAAAUUACAGAAAUGAGGUUAUAGCAUUGUCGAAAAAGUUAAAUGAAAAAAUAUCCAUAGAAUUUGAGUGCAAGAAUGUUAAACUUGAACUGAAAAAUCAGUCGACAGCUAUCUGUAAAACUGAGCAUCAAAGGGUGAAAAUAGAAAACGAAAAUCAGACAAAUGAUUUGAAUGAAAAAAAGCUAGUAAUUUUGAUAAGAAAAGAAUUUAAUUACGAUAAAAAUUGUCAAUUCCAAGUAAAUCCUCGAUGUGAAAUUGACGAAGGUAAGGAUGUUAAAAUAUUUAGAAAAAACACUCAAAUCAAACUAUUAUAUGAGUGCAAAAUGCAUAAAAAAGCUUAUAAAGGAAGACCGAGUUUAAAUACGCAUAUCAAUUCGACACGUAAUGACAUUAGAUUAUACAAAUGUGACAUUUGUCAUAAAUCAUUUGGAUACCAGAACACCUUAAAAUAUCAUUGGAAUGUAGUACACGAUCGCAGCAAACCCUUUAAAUGCAAGAUUUGUCACAAAUCAUUUGGAAACGACUACACCUUAAAAAACCACAUAAAUGCAUUACAUAAUCGAAACAAACCCUUUGAGUGUGAUAUUUGCCGUACAUUAUUUGGAUACAAAAGCGUCCUCAAAACUCACAUAAGUAUAAUACAUGAUUGUUGUAAACCCUUUGAAUGUGAGAUAUGCCACAAGUCAUUUGCAAAAAAAGGUGACCUUAAAACUCAUAUAAUGACUGUACACGAUCAUAGCAAACCCUUCGAAUGUGAUAUUUGCCACAUAUCAUUUGGACAAAAACAACACCUCAAAACUCACACAAAUGCCAUCAAAUCGUCGCCCCAGCGCAAGAACCGCACAAAUAAACUUAAGGGACAAGAACAACCUUAUCCCUAUGUUAUAAGGAUAGGAUUAAGGCACCUUUUUGCCACUUGA